CACUCUGUGUCUCAGCCCCUCUCCUUUACACUGUCUCAGUCACUGACUCUCCAUCCCUGGAGUUUCCGUUUCCUGCCGGUUGCUGCCCCCAGAUCUAACUCCACAUUUCCUCUCGCCGCAGACAUUUAAAUGCCCCCGGUGCCGGGAAACCUGGUCCAAUCAGAUCCAAGGAAGAAAUGCCCCCGACCCGGCUCCGUCCCCGUCCCCGGAAGGAUCUGCAUGUCUAAGGAAGAACAAGACUCCGGAAGAACAAAUGGAAAUAAUGACUUCAAAAGCUCCUGGUUGGGAUAACAUAAAAUCCCAGAAACUAACAUCUGCUGUUUGAAACAUUUGACUGUAACCCCUGUAAGAGGAAGUUUCUAUCUAACAUGACGUCCUGUGGUUUACAAGGGCAUCUCAUCUUACUCAAUUUUUUGACCUGUGGCCUUGAAAUAUGUGUAGCAGCCGGGAUAACGUACGUGCCCCCUCUACUAUUGGAAGCUGGGGUGGAAGAGCAGUACAUGACUAUGGUUUUGGGCAUAGGACCAGUACUGGGACUGAUAUUAGUACCAUUAAUUGGAUAUGCCAGCGACAACUGCCAAAGUACCUAUGGUCGAAGACGUCCGUUCAUCUGGAUUCUCUCUCUUGGGGUCCUUCUCUCCCUUUUCAUCAUUCCAUACUCAGAUACUUUGGCCUCCUACAUCAGUUGGGGUGGGAAAACGGUCCACAUUUAUUUCCUAAUUUGUGGGGUGGGAUUGUUAGACUGCUGCGCCCAAGUUUGUUUCACCCCACUUGAAGCCCUUCUGUCUGACCUUUACGAUGACGAUGAAGGCUGUGGUCAAGCCUUUGCCACCUUCUCUUUCAUGAUCAGCAUAGGUGGAUGCAUAGGGUAUCUGCUUACCUCUGUCAACUGGAACUACACAUUUAUGUCUCUUUACCUGGGUGGACAAUAUGAUUGCCUUUUUUCAGUGCUAACUUUUAUAUUUAUAGUAAGUGUCCUUGUCACUAUGAAAGCUUCUGAAGAGUCAGUCUGUAGAACACCACAAGGGUUGGACAAUUCUUCUUUCACAUCAAUAUCCUUUUCAAGGUGCUGUUGUGUGCCAAAAUUAAAGGUCCGCGGCUUGAAAUCCAACCCUUUGUUCUGCUUAUUGAGCUUAUGUUGGAAAAUUACCCCUAAAAUAUAUCACAGCUACUGUCAAAUUCCUAAGAUCAUGAAGCAGCUGUGUGCUGCACAGCUUUGUAGCUGGAUGGCUGUAAUGUCAUUCAUGUUGUUCUAUACAGACUUUGUUGGUGAGGGAUUGUAUAAAGGAAUUCCAAGUGCAGCGCCUGGAACAGAGUCAAGACUUCGGUAUGAUGAAGGAAUCCGGAUGGGGAGUCUGGGACUAUUUCUUCAAUGCGCCACUUCAACCUUUUUUUCCGUGAUUAUGAACAAGCUUUGCAAGUAUUUUGGAUCAAGAAAAAUCUAUCUUGCCAGCAUGGUCACUUUUACAUUUUCUGCCCUGGUCAUCUGUUUUUCGCAGAAUAUUGCAGUAGUUACUUUUAUGUCAUCCUUGACUGGGUUUGCGUAUGCUACACUACAGACACUUCCAUACACCUUCAUCUGCUUAUACCACAAAGAAAAAGAUAUGUUUAUACCAAGACCAGUGGAAUUUAAGUCUCCAAAUGGAAAUACUCUCACCAAAGAAGCAGUAUAUUUUGCACCUGAUAUACCAAAUGGCCACAAAGAUGGUACUGUGAAGCAAAGCAGAGGGGUUCCGAACAAGGAAAGCGUUGUGUAUAGCGAAAUUCCUCCUGAUCACCAAUACUACUCCAAAAAUAUCUUUAGUCCCGAGAAUGAAAAGAAUGAGACUUGCAAAGAUCAUUAUACCAAACGUGGCAUUGGACUAGACUUUGCAAUCUUAGACAGCACCUUACUUCUCUCACAAGUAAUUCCUUCUCUAUUCAUGGGUAUGACUGUACAGUUAAUGGAAAGCGUUACAGUGUAUAUAGCAUCAUCUGUUAUUUUUGGUAUUUUUGCCAUUUUCCUGGCAAACAGAAUAACAUUUGACCAAAAAGACUCCUGGAGCUAAGAUUCUCAAGCCUCACACUUUCUUUACAUAUUUAAGCAACAAGUGUGUGUUUACAGAGUUCUAUGUUUACACUUACAAAAUAAGUUUUAAUUUUUGUAAUUUGUGUUGAAGAUUUUUAGAGCAGGGUAAAUGAUUAUGCAGAAGCUCAUGUCAGCUGGGACUGUGCACAACAACACUGACAAUUCAUAUUGUGUGAGUUUUUGUGCAUUGUGCUAAACUGGUCACCAGGCAGGCUAUUCAGUAUUUUGACUGCUUCUCACAUCUAACAGAAUAACUCAAAUUCCCUAAGGACUACGGGCACCAUAUAAAACUAGAGAGAUGAUUCUGACCACUGAAACACAGCAACUUGCCAGUUUUAUAGAAUAUAACAAAAGAAAAAAAAACUCAGAUUAUUUUUACAAUUACAUAAUGUAUAAAGAUAUAAAUAUAUUUUUUUAUUUGUACUUUUGUUUCAUGAAAACAUAUUAUGCUAAUAUAGUACAUUUUUGGUUGCGGACGUGCUAUCCAAAGGCUAUACAUGAUCUUGGCAUAGAUUGCCAAAGAAUGUUAGUCAAUAUAAUGUAAAAAUUGGCAGGUCUUAGAAGGCAAGUACAAAUGCUUUACAUUUGCAGCACACACAGAUAGAUAGUAACUAAGCUAUUAUUACCUAUAUAAAAUGUAUGUAAUAAUUUGUUUAUAUUGUUACCUAGAAAUCGGUAGAGAAUGUGUUGCAAAUUCUAACUAAUCACACUACUACGAAAACUUAAUUCUUGUAGAUGUAUUCUUUUGGAUGAAAAAUCUCAAUAAUAGCUUUAUUAUUUAUCUUGAGAUCAUUAAACUGCACAGUUAUUUUAAUUCUUCAUAUAGCUAUUUAUAUCCACAUGCAUAUUAUAUUAAAUAUGUAAUAUUUGUAGAAAUGUGCAUACUGUGUAAAUUUAAUCUUUGAAUAUUCUGGCAUAUUAACUAUCAUGUAUGGUAGACCUUGUGUAACUAAAAAAUAAGCUGCUAGAUAUGUAUGUAUUUAUAAUAUGUAAGAACCAACGGUACAUGUGUUAUUGGAUGCAAUCUCAUUAUGUCUUCUCAUAUAUGUUGCUGGGGGGAAGCUUAGGGGGCUGUUUAGCCCUGGAUCUCAGUUGGUGGAGGGGGCAGGAGGAUACGUGUGUUGUUGUUUUUUUUGUUGUUUUUUUUUAACAUCAAUCAUUUUUUUAUUUUUUUUAUAGCAGCCACCUACUUUUAAAAAGAAACCUCAGUAGUUAAGUUCCUUUCCAGAGUACUUAAAGUGACUGUCAGGAGUGGUGCUGGAGAACAGAACUUUGCUGUACACUGUUAGGUAGCAUGGCAGGAUCGCAUUGAUUGCCUGGAUGUGCAGCAUGUGCUGGUUUGCGGCUAUACUUUCAUUGAGAUACAGCACUCAGCUGCACUCUGUUUAUUGCUAGAGAGGAAUCGAUAUGUCAUGACAUAUCCCUACCAUUCCGUUAGUGUAGGGGUCAUCAUGUUUUACUGUAGAUUGAAGACCUAGUAACAAGUCUGGGUCUUACUGUAGAACUAGCUGAAUACUGGUUGAAACAGGGACAUUUCACUG